AUGACGCGCACAAAACGUCAAGCAACCCCUUCGGUUUCCAAAAAUUGGGCCAUGAUCAAAGCGCAGCUUUUGAAUAAAGCCCAUUCCCCGGUGGGUUCUAUUUCACGACCCCAGUGGAACCAACUUGUGGAGGCGCUUCACAACCUAAAAGCCCCACUGGGCAAAAAUCUUUAUAGGGCUCUCGUGGAAGCCUUUGCUCUCCUGGAUCGAAUGCAUGAGGAGGUAACGGAAAAAAAAUCGGCAAUGCCUCGUCUGCCUUUACCUCUUCCCACGGUUCUCCUUCAUCUGACGAUCGAUUCGUGGCGCAGGCAGGCGGCUGAAUUUGCUACCAAAGGUAAAGUCUUUCCAAUCUCUGCCAAGUCUCUCCUACAGAAAGUCGAGCACUUUACGGAAACAGGACUAUUUGACCCUAGCGCCAAAACUUAUGGAAUGCUUGUCGAGGGCAUGGCAUCGACCGAAGACAAGCAUAAUGCGCCUAUCUUGGCCGAAGAGCUUCUGGAGCGCAUGACCAAGCAGUACGGCCAGGAUCCUGCCGGGCGAAAACUUGAAUGUGCACCCAAUACUGUAAUAGUCAACAGCAUCAUUAAUUUGUGGAUAAAAAGUGGUCGGAGUGAUUCCAUGGAUGCCAUUGAGCGGAAAUUUCAAAAGUUGAAAGACUGGUACAGGUUUUCUGGACGGGAUGAUCAAAAACCAAACGCAUAUACUUAUUCGUCUCUAAUCAGUGCGUUGGGUCGUUGCGGACACCACCAAGCUGUCGAACGAGCUGAAACUUUAUUGAGAGAAUACGAAGCCAGCACAGGCAAGCAGCCUUGCACAGUCCUAUACACUUCCUUCUGCCAGACUCUGGCAACAACAAACGCCCCCGGCGCUGCUGAUAGAGCACAAGCGGUGCUGAACGAAAUGCUCUUUCGCUCACGCCACGGGGAAGAUAUGGCGAGGCCAAAUUCGUAUACCAUCUUGGCCGUUGUUUCCACUUACUUGAAGGAAGGAAGAAUUGAUGAGGCUGAGGUGCUAGUCCGUAAUAUGGAAGAUCUAUCCCGUCAAAGGGCCGACGAUGGUUUGCGGCCCGGUAUUUUUUGCUACAACUCCCUCAUUCACGCUUGUGCCAAGAACGGAAAUGCAGAGCAUGCAGAAUCGAUACUCAAUCACUUGUUAGACUCGGCAGAAUCCGGAAAUAGUAUUCUGCAGCCCAACAUUGUUACAUGGAACAACGUUCUUCACGCUUGGGCAAAAAGUAAGCACCCCGCCCGGGCUCAGCGAGCAUCAAAUGUGUUUAAACGAAUGCGACUGCUCGAUCGGGCUGGUAUAUCAGGGGCGAGCGCCGAUACCCGAACCCUUAAUAUUCUUAUCGACUGCUAUGUGAACAGCCCAAACCCCAAAGCAUUUGUUCACCAAUCCAUCGAGCUUUUCGAAUCCGUUAAGAGCCAAGGUGUAGACUCGUCGAGUGGCAUUUUUGACCCUGUUUCAUAUCGCGGAAUGAUGGACCUACUAUGUAAGGCCGGCGAGUUUGACAGAGCACUGCGACUUCACAAGCGUUACAUAGAAAAGUCUACAGCUCCAGAAGCGCCGCUUCAACCAGACAGGGCAUAUUUUAAUGUGCUAAUGUCAGGACUAGCACGGUCCGGAUGGGAAAAAGCUGUUGAGUCUGUGGAAGCCAUGUUAACCGAGAUGCAUUCUCUUGCCAAAUUAGGCUACAAUACCCAUCCCGAUGUGGUCUCUUACAACUCACUUCUAAAUUGUUUUGCUACAUCGAGCCAAGUAAACGCACCGAGCAAAGCUUUCUCAGCACUUCGGAGAAUGGAGCAAUUGUGGGCAAACGGAGAUUUAUCGGCUGCACCGGACGCAUCGUCAUAUUCAGCAGUUUGCGCUACCUGGGCGAAUGCUGGUCUGGCUGAGGGUGCCGAGAAGGCUGAGGAAGUCUUGCGUCAUAUGCUAUUGCACCGGGACCAGAAGAUCCAAAGCACGAGCCAAGUGUUUAACACUGUAAUGGUUGCAUACGCUAGACAGGGUGAUGCACCUAAAGUACAGAAGCUCUUCGACGAGUGGCUCGAGACUGAUAACACUUAUGACUCUCGUAUAUAUGUCACUUUGCUGCAAGCGUGGUCAAAAGCAGGCAAUCCGGAAUCUACAGCUAGUGUACUCUAUGAAUUGAUAAGACUGUUUGACAGCGCAGCCAUACGUAAUCCACCAACGACUCAAAUGUUCAAUGCUGUCCUCCAGGCUUGGCUACGGUCAGGACGCAAGCACGCGGAAGUACAAAUAAAAGCGGGGGUCGAUGAAAUGUCGUCCCUAGCAACCUCUGGGAGAUUUCCGUGCGCCCCAGAUGCUCUGACAUACUCAACUCUGUUUUCCGCUUGUGUGCGAUCAGGCAGAGAUGAUCUUGGUGAACUAGCGCAUAAUGGGCUUUUAGAAUUGAAAUCGCGUUUCGUCACAACACGAAAUCCAAUGUACCGGCCUGAUUUGCGAAUAUUUGCAGAGGCUAUCAUGUUGGUGGCUAUGGAUGAUAAAUACUCAACAAAAGAUAUUUUGUCGCAGCUACUACUUGAGCUGAACGCAGUCAACGGGACAAUCUGGAAAAAGCAAGGACAAAUCGCGAUGAAUCGAAUUCUGGCUGCUAUCUCGCGGUCUACCAUCAAUGAAAAGGAAGUCUUGGCUCAACUUGGAGUAGAGAUCAUGAGAGCACAAAAUGUUUCACCAGACGAAUCGACUCGAAAGUUUUUAGCUCGAUGUUGCAAUAAAGAGGGACAACAAGCUUGA